GGCCAAGCUCCGAGCUUGCUCUCAGAUCGACUCGGACACACACGGGUCACUGCUGCCAUCUAGCUAGCGUCUCUCUCAAAAUAUCCAAGCUGCAAAGCCCAAAGCAUCGAUCAGAGCCGGCCGGUCGAAUAUUUAAGCGUUAGUAGUAUUCUUGUGAGUUUUGCUGUUAGCUUUACUUGAAAAGAUGAGCCCCGAGGAGGAAGAGACGCUCCUGUUCCCUUCGUCGUUCGUCUUCCCGGAGAGCUUCCCGGCACAGGCCGACACACCCGCCUCCGGCGGGGAGCAGAAGAAGGCCGGGCGUCAGCGGCGGAGGCGUAAGGCGAGGCUGUCGGCUGCGGCGGGAGACGGCGCAGCAGGGGAUGACGCGGCGAAGAAGCGGCGUCUGAGCGACGAGCAGGCGCAGUUCCUGGAGCUGAGCUUCAUGAAGGAUAGCAAGCUGGAGACCACGCGCAAGCUGCAGCUGGCGGCGGAGCUGGGCCUGGACACCAAGCAGGUGGCCGUGUGGUUCCAGAACCGUCGCGCCCGCCACAAGUGCAAGCGCAUGGAGGUGGAGUACAACAAGCUCCGCGCCGCCCACGACGCCGUCGUUGUCCACAACUGCCACCUCGAGGCCGAGCUGCUGAGGCUGAAGGCGAGGUUGGCGGAGGCGGAUGAGGAGAAGAAGCUCAUGGCGGCCUCGGCGGCGGCGACAAACGGAUGCGGCGGCGGGGGAGGAGGAGGAGGAAGCAGCAGCCCCAGCUCGUCGUCGUUCUCGACGGUGACGCAGCUGAUGGGGCAGUUCGGGAUGGAGGAGGCGGCUGAUCAGGCCGAUCUCACAUACAUGAGCGAGUACGACUACAACAGCUACAUGAUGGACUUGGCCGGCAGCAGCUACCUCGGAGGAGUGUACGAUCAGUUCAGCUGAUUAGAAUUUGGAUGUACAUCUGGAGGGAUGAUGAACAGACAGACCGGUGCUAGUUAAUUUACUAUGGUGUUAAUUAAUUAAUCAACGGGAAUUGCAGGUGCAGUGCGUAUGUAGCAGUAGUAAGUAGCAAGUGAUCUCAGAAGUAGUAGCACUAUUGAAUUAGCAGUAUCAUUGCGAAUCGAUCGACGCCCAAACGAGGAAAAUCUAUCUGCUAAGCCAUGUACAUUAGUAAUUGGAGAUCUUUGUAAGUAGUACUAUUAUGUUAUGGAAUUUGUGAUGGUUCGAACCAA